UAGAGCUCAAAACUUCUGUACAUCUGUGACAGUAGCAGUUACUACCGUAUCUGAUCUGAUCUUCUCUGCUGAUCUGAAGAGAUGUCUGAGUUGGGCUCCAUUGACAAUCCGGUGAAGUUCAAAGAUCAGGACUAUGAUGCCCUGCUGCAGAAAUGCCUUAAAUCUGCCGUUCUGUUCUCUGACACGGUGUUUGCAGCAAACCAAAGCUCCCUCGGUAUCCCAGUGGAUCCUGAUCCUAAAAAGGCAGUGAAGUGGCUGCGCCCCAAGGAAAUCACAAGUAAUGCUGUCUUUGUUGAGGGCACCAUGGGCACCACCGAUAUCUGCCAGGGCCAGCUGGGUAACUGCUGGUUGUUGGCGGCCCUGUCCUGUCUCACCAUGCACCCGACCCUGUUUGUGAAAGUGGUUCCAUCUGGACAAAGCCUGAGCGAAUCUUACGCGGGCAUCUUUCGUUUUAGAUUCUGGCAGUAUGGUGAGUGGGUGGAGGUGGUAGUGGAUGACAAGCUGCCUGUGAGAGAGGGCCGUCUGCUUUUCAGCUACUCUCGCACCACCAACGAGUUCUGGAGCGCCCUGGUGGAGAAAGCUUAUGCCAAGCUGAUUGGUUCUUAUGGCAGUCUGAAGGGGGGAAUCAUCUCAGAAGGAAUGGAGGAUUUUACAGGGGGCAUUGCCUACUCCCUCCCCGUGUCUUCUCGGUCCCCACGCAUGCUCUGGAGAGCCAUCACUGCUGCCCUGGCCAGGAGCAGCCUGCUCAGCUGCUUCAUACAUGCUGUGAGUGUGAAGGAAAUUGGUACUGUGACAUCAGAGGGUCUUAUCAAAGGUCAUGCCUAUGCCAUCACUGUUACAGAUAAGGUCCAGAAGGCAUCUGAAGAGGUCUUACUGCUGAGGCUGCGUAACCCCUGGGGGUUUGUCGAAUACUGUGGACCCUGGAGUGACAAGUGUAAGAACUGGGACUCUAUAGACACAGCUCAGAAGACCAGACUUGAGUUGGCGAAAGUUGAGGAUGGAGAAUUCUGGAUCGGAAUAGAGGAUUUUUGCCGGCUGUUUAAUACAGUGGAAAUGUGCAGUGUGAAUCCGGACUCUAUGUCGGGAGAGGCGAGUGACGACACGGCCACCCCAUCCUGGACUCUGAGCUUACAUCAAGGCACCUGGGUUCCGAUGUGCUCUGCAGGGGGCAGUCGACGAUACCCUAGAUCUUUCUGGAAAAAUCCUCAGUUCCAGAUGAUUCUGUCUGAGAAAGAUGUGGAUGACUAUGAUUAUGGUGAGGGUGAAGAAGGGGAGGAACCAGAUGGAGAAGACGAUGAAGAUGGUAUUGUGGUGGCUCCUGUUAGCAAGACUGAGAAACAGGGAGAGAAAAAGAAGAAGUGCACAGUACUGGUGGAGCUUCUCCAGAAAUACCGCAGACAGAAAGAUAAAGUCAACUUUCUCAACAUUGCAUUUCACAUCUACAAGGUUCCCCCUGAGAUGCAGGACAAACCAGGAUCUCUGGACCAGCAGUUCUUCUCCAACAACCGUGCAGUUGCUCGAUCUGGAAAGUACCGUGGCAUUAGGAGCGUGUGGCGGAAGGUGCACCUAGAGCCUGGCAGUUAUGUCAUCGUAGCCUCCACCUACAGGCCCAACCAGCAGGGGGAGUUCUUCCUCCGCAUUUACACCAAGACUGGCAACAUACAGGGGUUCCAGGAUUUCCCCUGCAUCAACAAUUACUCUGCGAUAGUGAUGUCAAAGCCAAUCUUACCUGAGGAUCAAUUUAGGGUGCAGAAGUGGUUUGAUGAAAAGGCUGGAUCGGAUGACAGAGUGAAUGCUAUGCAGUUUAUGAACCUGGUGAACUCAGUGUUGGAAAAAGACUAUGAACUUCCUCUGGAGACCUGCAGACAGCUCAUCUUUGGGGAAGACACUGGUGGCCGAGGCCGUCUGAACAGAGCUCAAGCAGAGAAGCUGCUCACCUCCCUACGCAAUCUGCAGUCUAUCUUUUUCCAGUUUGAUGAGGAUUCGUCAGGAACUAUGAGUCCGUUUGAACUCAGUUUGGCUCUGAAUGCUGCAGGUGUGGAGUGUGACAAUGUUGUGGUACAGUUGUUGUGGGAGCGGUUUGGCGCUGGUGAACAGUACCUGCCUUUUUAUGGCUUUGUGUCUUGUGUUGCCAGACUGCAGGUGCUCUUUGAUCUUUUUGAGUCGGAGACCAACCCAGAGGUGAAGGACAAGGGCAUCAACGCUUGGCUGCUCAAGCUGUUGGCUGUGUGAGCCUGUCCAGACCCGACACCUCAGCGGGACAGACCUGCUAGGCCAAGACUGCUCUGACGUCAUCCACCUGGACCUGCGUCUCCUACAUCUCCCCCUCUUCUAUCUCAUUUGUGAUCUGUGGACCUUUGCCCUGCAGUUGCAUCCACCCACUCAUCGCUCCAUCAGUUGGGGUCUAUGACCAUGUAGGUCAUUACUGCCUGGAUACAAAACAGACUUUCGCAUUUCAUCCCCCUCGCCCCACCCUAAAGCGUGUGUGUGUAGCUCAUAAUAAGCGAAACAUUUGAAUAUUUUAAUAGGACUAUUUUACUUGUAAAUGAACAUUCUGUCAUCAUUUACUCACUUUCAUGUCAUUCCAAAGCCAUAUGACUUUAUUUGUUUGAGGAACAUAAAAGAAGAUAUUUAGCAGGAUGUCCAAGCUGCUCUUUUACCAUACAAUGAAAGUAAAUGGAGACCAGGGACAGUUGUAAUCACCAUUCAAGGGUUAGUUCACCCAAAAAUGAAAAUUCUGUCAUUAAUUACUCACCGCCAUGUCGUUCCAAACCGUAAGAACUUUGUUCAUAUUCAGAACACAAAUUAACAUAUUUUAGAUUAAAUCUACAUAGACAGCAAUGCAACUGACACAUUAAUGGCCCAGAAAGAUAGUAAGGACAUUGUUAAAAGUCCAUGUGACAUCAGUGCUUUUUGAGUGCAAAGAAAAACAAAAAUAAUGACUUUAACGAGUAUAAAUAACAAGUACCAUGACUUAUGUGUGCAAAAGCCGGCAUAGAAGCCGGAUGCACUGAGCCUGAGAGUCUCGGAUUUCAUAAAAAAAAUUAUCUUCAUUUGUGUUCCAAAGGUGAACGAAAGUCUUACAGGUUUGGAGGGUGAGUAAUUGAGGGUGAGUAAUUAAUGACGGAAUUUAGAUUUUUGGGUGAACUAUUCCUUUCAAUUUCCAAGCAUUGAAAAUUCUUCUAAAUAUCUUCUUUGAUGUUUCAAGAAGAAAGAAAGUCAUUAGAAUUUGUUUGUUUUUUAGUACAAUGCAUUUAAAUCUAUAUUUCAAAAGAACGAUAGCACAUUUAUCCAUUUCAUUAGCAAAGCGGUCAAUUUAACGUUAAUUUAGUGUGAUUUAGUGCCAGCAAAUAUUGAUGUGAUUAAUCAAAAUAUCACGUAAUUAAUUGCAUUUAGAUUUUGAGUUAGUGAUUGCUCUAAUUAUUUUGGGGCAUUAUACAGUCAGAUUUUGAACAGUCAUAUCUGCUUUCAUUUGCUUUUAGAAUUGGAGCUGGCCUGUUAAUGCAUUUAAAGCAGGAGCUCGUAAUUACGGUCAAGCUUGCAACAAGCCUAAAUGCAUAUUUUUUCGUUCAUCCAGCAUGAGUCGUACUUCCUCCUCGACUUUUUUCCCUCUUUGGAACGUUUAUGUAUCUCCGCUUAAUGUCUUUAAAAGUUGAGAACGUUUUUUGCUUCUAAAUAUAAAAGCACAAGUCAUAAUCUUUCAUCACGGGGCAUUUCUAUAUUAAAUUUUUUCUGUGCGUAUACCUACACCUCCACACACACACACACACACACACACUCUAUCACACACACAUUGUUCAGGGAGCGAGAUAGUAG